AUGAAAACGUAUGAAUGCCCCUAUUGCAAACGCAUUUUCCAUCGUCAAGAGCACCAAGCUCGUCAUAUCCGAAGUCACACGGGUGAAAAGCCCUUUGCUUGUUCCUAUUUUGAUUGCCGGAAACGGUUCACUCGUCGCGAUGAACUUAUCCGCCAUGUUCGGACUCACCUAAGAAAGGCCCUCGUCAAUCCCGACGCGCUAUCCAUUACUGUCGAGGAUGCUCCAUCUCUUCCAUCCACCAACGAAGAAUCUUCUUCCAAUACCAAUACCCAUCCACAGCCCCCAGUAGACUCGGAUUCCAUAAAGUCUUCCGAUACCGUUCAGGCUGCUGUUGUUGCUUUAUCGAUAGCAUAUGCAAAGCCAACCACCGUCUCGUUAACUUCGCAAGAUGUUCAAAUUCAAUCUCUUGCCGCUACCCGACCUCGCAGGAAAUCUGCUUCGAGUGUCGCUCUGCUUCACAACAAAAACGGUGGCUCUUUUCGUCGUUUUUCCGUUUCCGACAUUCUAAACAAGGGUACCACAGCAGGCUUUACCGUCACAUCUCCUAGUUCUUCUUCUCCUUCUUCAGGCUCAUCCGGCCCUUCGGCAAGUCCACAAAAGCUUCCUAUCAAAGAAGAAUCUCAUGCUAGUGAUUAUCCCUUCCUCUCUCGUCAAAAUCGAAGAAGAAUUUCCGUCCCUUCCAAGCUCCCUCCUUUUCUCUCCUCUUCUUUUAACGCUCCAUCCAAUUCAUACUUCCCAUCUACCCAAUCAGCUCCUUCCAGCUCUACCUUUCAUAACCCUUACAAUUCUAUGCCCAUGGCUUCCUUUCAACGGCCCCAUCCACAACCGUCAUCCUACGGCCCCCCAUCGAUGACUCCCAUUUCGCCUCCAUAUGCGCAAGUAGAUCACACGGCUCCGAAUCAAAGCUCCUUGACUCCGUAUCACGCACAGCCCAUAUUCGUGGCUCCUUCCCGUGAGAUUUCCUUGCAUGCACCACCUAAUCAGACUGGCAAUCUUCCUCGUUACUCUGUUUCUCAGAACCUCUAUAUGGGCCCUUCUGGUGAGAGCACCCACCCUCCUUCUACAAGACCAUCCGGCAUGCAACAGCGUCCCUUUUUAUUGCCCAACUUUAGCGGAGCUUCUCAGCCCAGGCAUCCAUUGCCUGACCAGCUUCCUUCGUUAAGAUCUCUGCCGACCCUAGAACCUCCUUCAAAUUCAAGCAACACGAUGCCCUUUCCCUCUUGUUCUUUGCAAACGCUAUUUCAAAAUGAUUAA